CAUCAUAGGACUGGCAGUAGAACGUUAAUUGACGUUGGCACUUUCGACGUUGCGAACAGGAAUGUCAUAAGCUUUGGCAACAUUGCAUUGUAACAUUAUGCGGUUGAUUAGUUCAGCGUAUGGCUUUGCUUAAAUGCCUUCAUUUUUGUAGUAACGAUAUUCUGUCCCGUUUUUAAACGAACCCUUUGACGAAAGUACGCAUUCCAAAAUGUUGCCACCCUCCACAAUGCAUGGCUUGUGUAUUGCACACAAUGUGGACUUUCCAGUGGUCAUAUAACGAUAGUGAUAACAGUCCAAUGAUUUUACGUGUUCAUUUUAUUACAUCAGUGAUGGGUCUUAAUGGCGUUAGGUCUUUCUAGCAUUUGAAUUUCAGCUACGCAUUAAAUAUAACUAACGUUAGCAAAAUGUAUAGUUGGAAAUGUCAUUUUGAAAUGCAAUAGUCUAGUCUCGACCGUCCUUGUGAUAAUGUUCUGGGAUUUAUGUAUUCCUUAUACGAGCUCUAACCUAUGUUAAAACAUGAUGUUGGCGUGCAGCAGACUGGCGAAUAUUAUCAAACGUACACGACUUGAUACAUUUACCAGGUAUGUCACGACCUGGUCCCCAGUCGGGGCAGCAUUUAACGCAAGACAACACAAAAGAUAUGACCUGACGGAACAAAAUGUGGGCUUGUUUGGGGUGCCGGAGCUCAGUUCUCAGGCAGGCUUUGCAGUUGUCGAGGAUCGAGCCCUAAAGGAGACCGAAGAGCUGGUGGACCGUGUGUGCUGCAGUCCUCCCGGAGCAAUUACCGUGGAGACUUUUGAUAAACUAUCCGACAGUUUGUGCAAAGUGGCUGAUCUGGCCGACUUUGUCAAGGUGGCGCACCCUGAUCCUGCGUUCCGGGAAGCGGCCGAGAGGACCUGUGUAAACAUCGGCACAGUGGUAGAAAAGCUGAACACUAACGUUGAACUGUCUAAGAGUCUAAAGGAUUUGUUGGAUAACGAAGAGGUUUUAGCCACCUUGGACCCAGAGACAAGGAGAGUGGCCGAGCUCUUUAUGUUUGAUUUCGAGAUUAGCGGAAUACAUCUGGAUGAGAAAAAGAGGCGGAAGGCCGUUGGCCUCAACGUCAGUCUUCUGGACCUCAGCAAUGAGUUCCUGGUGGGAUCUCACAUGCCGAACAAGAUCGAGAAGAACAUUUUGCCUGAACACAUUCGCCACUGCUUCGCGCUAGAUGGCAACUGCAUCCAGAUUGGAGGUCUACACGCCGAUUCGCCCAAUGAUUUGGUGCGAGAAGCUGCCUAUAAAAUCUUUCUUUAUCCCAUUCCAAAACUGUUGCAUUGCCUGGAAGAGCUCCUGGCUUGCAGGAACGAGCUGGCUAAACUGGUGGGGUACGAGUCGUUUGCCCAUCGAGCUCUGAGAGGCACGAUGGCCAAAACCCCAGAAACCGUGAUGAAAUUCCUCACGUUGCUGACAGAAAAACUCUCAGACAGGACAGCCAAGGACUUUCAGACGAUGAGGAACAUGAAGAGCAAAGUGAAUCCACAAAAUGCUGAGCUGAUGCCUUGGGACCAUCCUUACUUUAGUAGCGCCGUACGUGCGGAACGGUACAACAUCGACCCCAGCCUGUACAGCCCGUAUUUCUCCCUGGGGGCGUGUAUGGAGGGGCUGAACGGCCUCUUCAGCCAGCUGCUGGGCGUCUGCUUUCAGACGGAGCUGCCCCGGCCGGGGGAGGUGUGGAGCGAGGACGUCCGGAAGCUGGCUGUGGUUCAUGAAACAGAGGGCCUUCUGGGAUACAUCUACUGUGACUUCUUCCACAGGCCUGGUAAACCUCAUCAGGACUGCCACUUCACCAUCCGGGGGGGUCGGCUGAAGGGGAACGGGGAGUACCAGCUCCCCGUGGUGGUGCUCAUGCUAAGCCUGCCCCACCCCUCCAAAAACACCCCCACCCUGCUCACCCCCGCCAUGAUGGAGAACCUCUUCCACGAGAUGGGGCACGCCAUGCACUCUAUGCUAGGGCGAACCCGCUACCAGCACGUCACAGGAACCCGAUGUUCCACUGACUUCGCCGAAGUUCCGUCUAUUCUGAUGGAGUACUUCGCCACAGAUUACCGGGUGGUCAAUCAGUUCGCACGCCAUUACAAAACGGGCCAGCCUCUUCCUGAAAGCAUGGUGUCCAAUCUGUGCCAAUCCAAGAGGGUGUGUGGAGCAGCUGACACUCAGCUCCAGGUUUUCUAUGCUGCUCUAGAUCAGGUUUACCAUGGAAAGCCCCAGUAUCAAUCAUCGACUAAAAUCCUUCAGGAGAUUCAGGAGAAAUUCUACGGGUUACCCUAUGUACCAAAUACGGCCUGGCAGCUGAGGUUCAGCCACCUUGUCGGGUACGGUGCCAAGUACUACUCCUACCUUAUGUCCCGGGCCGUGGCCUCCAUGCUAUGGAGACAGUGCUUUCUCAAGGACCCCUUCGACAGGAACAUGGGAGAGCGCUAUCGCAGGGAGAUGCUGGCUCACGGGGGCGCCAAGGAGCCCAUGCUCAUGGUGAAAGGUAUGCUUCAGAGAUCUCCCAGCAUUGAGGACUUUGUUGAUGCCCUGGUUUCAGACCUGAACCCCACCUCUCAACAUUUAUAGGACACUCAUGGGUUCAACUCCAUAUUCGGUGAUGGGUUUGUUUUUCUUUUCGAAUGUCUACCUAAAGUAGACUUUCUUUCCUCCAUUCCUCCUUUAUUCCUGCACCUGUUGGACUGAACUUCACAACUACUGAUUCUGUGGAAGCCGGCAAACAGACGUGAUUGUAUUGUACCAAACUGAUUGAUUGGUUAUUUAUUAUUUUAGUACUUGUGAUUUGUCUUGUGCUGCUGUUUUCAAUUUGAGACUGUACAGUGUAUUCCUUCCUUGUGACAGAUUGUGGAUAUCAAUAAAUCAUAUUUUACUUC